AUGAAAAACUGGAGACUAGGUCGUUCCAUUGAACCAAUAGCUGAGAAAGAAGAACAAGCAUCACGUACAUCAUCAAUAUCUUUAGGUAAUGAAGAGGUGAAUAUUAUUAAUAAAGAAGAAUGCGAUGGUCUUGUCACUUCAUCUACUCCUGAUAAUGAUGUAGAUUUAAAAGAAAUUAACAAUGAAAAUAAUUCUAAUUUAAAACAACUUCAAAGUAAUAAUACAGAUACAGUGAGUUAUAAAAAAUCUUCAAAAGACAAUGUUCAUUCAACUGGUGAAGUUGAAAAUUCUUUGGAGGAUGUGAAAUUCUAUCGAUUAGUUUCAAGAUCAGCCACAUGGGAUGGAUGGAUGAAGCUGACAACUAAUACUACAAAAAAAGAAAUUCAUUCACAAAAAGUUAUUGUAAAAUCUAAUGCUUAUAAUAGUGAAGCUACUACAACUACUAACGGGAACACUGAUAUUACCAUGGAUAGUCAAAGUGAAUUAAAAAGUGAUAUUAUCGUGAUGACGGCAUUUUAAAGUUUAAUGAAAAGAAGUUUUGUUAUAAUUACGUAAAUAAUUAAAUAAUUGACCAAAUAAUUGUCAUCAUCAUUAUUAUUAUUUGUUAUUAAUUUCGAGCUAGUCUGCUUGAUUAUUUUCUACAAUAACCUGUUGCGGAAUGAUUUGUAUCUUCUUUU